AUGACCAACGCUCCUGUGAAAAAAGUUCCGAUUCAUUUGCAGAGCUCACAAAACCGACUCCUAAUCAAGAAUGGUCGGGUCGUCAACGAGGAUGGCAUGGAAGACGCCGACGUGUACGUCGAGGAUGGAAUCAUCAAGCAACUGGGCCGCAAUCUCAUCAUCCCGGGUGGCACCCGAGUGAUAGACGCCACGGGCAAACUAGUGAUGCCCGGCGGCAUUGACCCCCACACCCACUUGGAGCUAGAGAUGAUGGGCGCGAAGACCGCUGAUGACUUUUACACGGGGACCAGGGCUGCUGUGGCCGGUGGUACCACAACAGUCAUUGACUUUGUACUACCUCAGAAAGGGCAGUCUCUAAUCGAAGCCUACAAUCACUGGAGAGAGAAGGCUGACAACAAGGUCUGCUGUGACUACGCACUCCACGUAGGAGUAACAUGGUGGUCCCCGUCCGUCAUGAAGGAAAUGGAGCAGCUGUGCACCGAAGAGUAUGGCAUUAACUCGUUCAAGAUGUUCAUGGCCUAUAAAGAUGCAUGGAUGCUGGACGAUUACCAGCUUUACUGCGCCAUAGAGACUUGCAAGAAUUUGGGAGCACUGCCUAUGGUUCACGCAGAGAACGGUCACAUUAUCGCCCGCAACACGGAAAAGCUUAUAGCGGCUGGCAAAACUGAUCCAGAAGGACAUGAGUUAUCCAGGGACGAAGAAGUGGAAGCAGAAGCAGUCAAUAGAGCUUGUGUGAUUGCGAAUCAGGCCAACUCUCCCCUUUACAUAGUGCAUAUGAUGUCGAAGAGUGCUGUCAGAGCCCUAGAGAUAGCACGCACAAGACAGAGGCAACCCGUUUAUGGGGAAACGCUUGCCGCGACCGUCGGUACUGACGGUACGCACUAUCGCAAUGCGUGUUUUCGACAUGCGGCCGGGCACGUGAUGUCGCCACCAUUGCGAUCGGAUCCUAGCACACCGCAAGCUAUAGUAGAAGCGUUAGCAGAUGACCGCUUGCAACUCAUAGGCAGUGAUAACUGCACAUUCCAUGAAAAGCACAAGGCUCUAGGCAAGAACGACUUCUCAAGGAUACCAAACGGUGUGAACGGAGUCGAAGACCGUAUGGCGAUAUUAUGGCAGAAGGGUGUUAAUACAGGUGCGAUGGACCCGUGCCGGUUCGUGGCGGCGACGAGCGCCACGGCUGCCCGCGUGUUCAACUUGUGGCCGCGCAAAGGGCUGGUGGCGGCGGGCAGCGACGCCGACCUGCUGGUGUGGGACCCGCGCCUCACGCGCACCAUCUCCGCCGCCUCGCACGCACACGCUGUCGACUUCAACAUCUUCGAGGGCCAAAACGUUGUGGGUGGUCCGCAGUACGUGAUCGUCAACGGGCGCGUUUGCCUCGACGACGGGGACCUUAGAGUUGUUGAAGGUUUCGGUAGAUUCCUGAAGACGCCAGCCUUCUGUCCGUACGUGUUCAGCAGCGAGCCGAAGCACCACACUGUGCACCACCAGGAGCCGCACCAGCUGCCCGAGUCCCCGCGCUCGCACUCGCCGCAGAGGGUUACUAACGGCACUCCUACUCACGAACUGAACAUAGUGAGCAAGCAGAUGGCGGGCACGACGCUUUCCUCCGGCUGCAGUACGCCAACUGGAAGGAAGAUGCGCGAACCUGGACAGAGAGAUCUACAAAACUCCACUUUCUCCCUUAGCAAGGAGUUAGAUGCACCGGAAAACAAACCAUCAGUGCGUGUGAGGAACCCACCUGGCGGGAAAUCAUCCGGCCUUUGGUAA